UGUUGAUCUCGUUCGUCAAUCACAUUUCUCCUCCUCUCUUCUGCGACACCGCAACGAUGCCACUCAUCGUCAAGAUACCCAAUCCACAUCAUCGACGCAAGGAUGGCGAAGAUACAGCAGCAGAGGCAUCACAUAAGCAACCUGACUCGCGCAGCACAGAGGACGAGGAGCAGGACACGGGUUAUCGGACCGCCGCCUCGACAAUGUCGCCUUCGCCUCCCAUCAGCAAUGCUGCUCGCGAUUCCAGCGCAGAGCCUCACGCGGGCUCAUCAGGUCCAAUCUAUCCGACGCUACCAGAGAGGACAGCCCUGGAUGUCUUGGCUGAGCUGAGCCUGCAGAGGAAGCCGGAGGUCAAGUCGCACGACAGUCCCGUUGACGCAAUGUCAAAGGGCUCGGACCCCCUGCCAGCGUCAGCGUCGCCGGCUCCACCCACACCUCUUGAUGCGUCUCAUCCUGUAUCCACGCCUGCACUUUCACCACCAAUCAUGUCCGCCCCACCCCUCCUGGAUAUCCUUGUCGCCCCGGCAGUCCUAGCACAUCGCUACGUGCGCGGUCGUGACGUCUCCCUCAUCGUGGAGCGACCGGAGCGCAUACGUGCUUGCUUGCUAGGUGUGGCAUCGCUCCUGGGCCGCAUUGCUGCUGGAGAGCUGCAAGAACAGCAAGCUGGUAAAGGUAGCGGCGUCACGGGCGACGAUGCGGACGAUCUCGUUGCGCGGCUGGCGGGAAUGAGCGUGGAUCGACCGGCAGGAGAAGUGCUAAGCCCGGAGCAACAACAAGCCUCUUCCUCAUCUUCAUCGACACCCCUUCAAGUACUCCACUCGACUCGCUCUGUAUCCCUCGCCUCACACCCAGCAGUCCGAGCAGUCCACGCUCUCGAGAGUGGCUGUUCGCCCGAGGAAGACGAGCAGCUUAUCGACUGCCUGCCUACGGCAUACGAGGCGCGCAAGGCCGCGAGGAAGAAGCAGCGCCAAGCAGGCCUCCCGAUCUCAAGCAUGGACAUCUCAACAGAAACCAACGCCGAGUCCUCUUCUUCUUCCGCAGCACCUCGCCGGCCCUUCCUCGACUACCUCACCCACCUGUGCAACUCUGCCCCUCACGAGCCUCCGCCUGCGCCUCCUCCGCCUCCACCACGGGCGCCACGAGGGGCUGCGGGAUCGGCGACGUCCACUCCCAGCGCCCUAGUGGGGGGUAGGACGAGGAGCAGUGUGCUGCGACAGGGCGGUACAAGUACAGCGUCGAGUGCAGCGGGCACGCCGGUGGUGUCGCCUGCAAAAUCGAGGACCGGGGCAAGUGCUUUUGCUGAUGUUGCCGUGAAGAAGGAAGAGGAGAGCUUGGCGCCGACCACGGCAAUCACCAACCUCGAAGGAACCAGUGCGGCGGCCGUGAUGACGCCCACAACCUCUCGCAGCGACUUCUUGACAACAGAGUCCCAGUCUCGCCCAGCCGCAGCGAUUAACGCAAGCUCAGACUCGGACUCGGACGACGACGACGAUAUGCUUCACGCGAGCGAGGUGCCUGAGCAUUUGUCACAGGGAGAUUUAUAUCUGCGCGGCAGCAGGCGGUCGAGGGAGGGCGCAGACGCUGCCGAGGAUCCCUCGUUGUACGGCUCUCGCGAGGCGAUGGAGCACGCGGUGGGGGCUACCAUUGAAGCGGUGGAUCGGGUGAUGAAGGUGGGCGCCGCCGCGGACCACGGCAAGUCAAACUUGGCCACUAAUGGCUCACUCGGCGGCGCCCUCACGCCCCUCGUCUUCCACGCACCUUCCCAAGACUCCGCUUCGAGUGUCGCGCUUCCCCACACCGCUCCUUCACGCAGCGCUCUUGUUCUCACACGUCCGCCGGGCCAUCACUGCUCCUCCUCGCUUCCCUCUGGAUUCUGCUGGAUCAACAACGUAGCAAUCGCAGCUCAGCAUGCCUACCAGCAAUACGGCGUCGACCGCGUCGUCAUCCUGGAUAUCGAUCUGCACCACGGUAACGGCACUCAGAAGAUUGUCUGGCGCAUCAACGAGGAGGCGGAGAGACUCGAUCGGGAGCGAGAGGCUCGAAUCGCCUCAAUGAACAAGCGCGCCUCACCGGCAAAGAAGAAGAGCGCCGCCGCCGUUCAACCUCCACCGCAACCUCUGCCACCUCGUGCGCUCCGCGUCUGCUAUGCCUCAUUACACGAUAUCGAGUCCUUCCCCUGCGAGGAUGGCAAUCCCGACUUAGUGCGUGAUGCCUCGACGACGAUCCUCGGCGCGCAUGGGCAAUGGAUCAGCAACACGCACCUUGAAACCUACAGUAGCGCGGCAGACUUCCAGCACCUCUACACAACACAAUACCGCCCUGCCCUCAUUGGGCAUGCCCGUCGCUUCCUCGAGCGCACCGCCGCGGACCCAGAUCGCACGCUGGUGCUCCUCUCGUGUGGCUUCGACGCGUGCGAGCACGAGAUGCAGGGUAUGCAGCGACAUGGGAAGCGGGUGCCUGUUGGCUUCUACAGACAGGUGGUGGAUGAUGUCACUAGAGAGCUCGCGAGCCCAUUUGCCCGGGGAAGGGUCGUAACGCUGCUUGAGGGCGGCUAUGGGGAUCGUGCGCUGCUGAGUGGCAUUUUGGGGUUGGGCUUAGGCUUUCUCGAGGCGCGGCAAGAGGAAGCGCAGCAAGGGGAGAAGGAGCUCAGCACAGCGCAGGGGCCCGUGGCGAUGGGCAUGGAUCCGUAUCAUCACGCCUGGUUCUCUCUCGAGAGCCUGAAGGCGACGGAGAAGCUGCUGGCGCCACAUCAUUCCAACGCUCCUUCACGCCGGGGCGCUGCAACGCCUGCUUGGUUGCAGCAGACCGAGGGCGCCUUUGCGCAGUUCGAGGCUCUCUGCAAGCCGCUCAUGUCGACGGCGGCGACAAGACGGCGGUAAUUGCUCGCAAUGAUCACAUGCUCACUUCGCGCCUCUUUGCGACCGUAACCGGCACUUUCACUCGCUUGCGUAUGGUUGUACGGGCGCUGAUCCCUUGCGAAGCUGAGGUCCAUGCCUCGCACUUGCCUUGCGAAUCACGGCGAGCGCCUGACCGUGGGGGUAUGAGAACACGUCACGGCAUGUUCGAUCCGCUUUCACUCUCCCUGCUCGAAGCCUGUCUGCUUUGUU